AUAUCCUGUAGAGAACGCAAGCCAAAAAUUGUUGGCGGCUUGGAAGCUAUACGUAAUGAAAUGCCCUAUAUCGUAAGUCUUACCCGCCGUGGCGGACACUUUUGUGGUGCUACAAUCAUACAUGAAAAAUGGGUGCUUACAGCUGGCCACUGUAUUUGUAAUGGUUUGAAUCGAUUUAUGAAAGCCUCUCAGAUACAAGGCGUCAUGGGCUUGCACAGUAUCUCACAGUAUUUAAAUGAUGUACGUAAUAAACGAGACGAUGAUGUAACCCAACCGUUGCAAGUGAAUUUUAAAAAUUUAAUACCGCAUCCAAAAUAUCAAUGCGUCCUACCCGAAAACGAUAUUGCUCUCUUGGAAUUAAUACAACCUUUGAAGUUCUCUCAUCACAUACAGCCGAGCUGUUUAAUAGCGGACGUUGGUUUUGAUAGUCAUGAAAAUGAAUUAGCUACUGUCUCCGGCUGGGGUUGGACUAAUGAAAAUCAAUACGAAGGCGAACGUGCAGAUGCUUUGCGUAAAGCUUCUGUUCGCAUAUGGAAUAACAAUCUGUGUAAGCAAUCUUAUCAAUUGAAUGGACAACCGAAUAGUGAAAUUUUGGAUACCCAACUAUGUGCUGGAUUCGAAAAUGGCGGCAUCGAUUCCUGUUGGGCCGAUUCUGGCGGCCCUUUAAUGUCUAAAGAAAAUUAUCUCAUUGGCAUAGUAUCCACGGGACUCGGUUGCGCUAGACCUGGUCUACCUGGUAUCUACACACGAGUUAGCAAAUACAUUGAGUGGGUGAAAUCUGUGAUACUUAACACAUAA